CGCCAUGGCCACGCUGGUGUGCCGGGUGCAGCUGCUGGAUGACACCGACCCCUUCAACAGCACCAACUUCCCCGAGCCCACCCGGCCGCCGCUCUACACCUUCCGGGAGGACAUCCCGCUCGCCACCCAGCUGGCCGGGGUGCACCGCCUCCUCCGCGCCCCGCAGAAGCUUGAUGACUGCACCCUGCAAUUGUCUCAUAAUGGUACCUAUCUGGAUCUAGAAUCCACAUUAGCAGAGCAAAGAGAUGAAUUAGAAGGCUUCCAGGAGGAUGCUGGGAGGGGCAAGAAGCACAGCAUAAUUCUGAGGACCCAGCUAUCAGUGAGAGUUCAUGCCUGCAUUGAAAAACUUUACAAUUCCAAUGGACGGGAGCUGAGACGGGCACUUUUUUCCUUGAAACAAAUAUUUCAGGAUGACAAGGACUUGGUUCAUGAGUUUGUUAUUGCAGAAGGUCUGACUUGCUUAAUCAAAGUGGGAGCAGAAGCUGACCAGAAUUAUCAGAACUACAUCCUGAGAGCUUUAGGCCAGAUAAUGCUUUAUGUCGAUGGCAUGAAUGGAGUGAUAAAUCAUAAUGAAACCAUCCAAUGGCUGUACACACUUAUUGGCUCAAAGUUUCGCCUGGUGGUAAAGACAGCACUGAAGCUGCUGCUGGUGUUUGUGGAGUACACAGAAUCCAACGCACCGCUUUUGAUCCAGGCAGUAUCUACUGUGGAUGAGAAGAGAGGAGCCAAGCCAUGGUCCAACAUCAUGGAGAUACUGGAGGAGAAGGAUGGGGUUGACACAGAACUACUGGUUUAUGCAAUGACCUUGGUUAACAAGACACUGUCAGGACUGCCAGAUCAAGACUCUUUCUACGAUGUGGUGGACUGUCUGGAAGAGCUAGGCAUUGAAGCUAUUUCACAGAGACACUUGAACAAGAAAGGAACAGACUUGGACUUAGUUGAGCAAUUUAACAUUUAUGAGGUGACACUGAGGCAUGAAGAUGGAGAUGAGAGUGCUGAGCCCCCUCCCAGUGGGCGCAAGGAUCGGAGGAGGGCCAGCCUUGGUGCUGGUGAGCGCAGGGGGCUGGAGCGCAGGCGGAGCCGGCGGCACUCAGCACAGAACGUCAAGAGCACUUUGUCGGCCCCCGCCAGCCCCUGCGGGCAGUCGAGCUUCGUGCUGAGCCAUGAGCAGCGCGUGGAAGAGCUCAGUGAGAGAGAGGACGAGUAUGAAGAGGAGGAAGAAGAACAGCCAGUCACAGAGCCCAAUACUGAGGAUGAGGGGGAGGAAGAGGCCAAUAGGCAGGUCAAAGCCAGUGAGGUUCCAGAUGUGCAUGAGGCUGUGAACGAAAGCUUUUCACAGUGUUCUGACUCUUCAGCUGUCUCCAGUGCCAUUUCUCCAGCUGAGAGGCCUCUCGCCUGCUCUAGAGCAAAGAGCGUUUCUAGCAACUCCUCUUCUGUGCCUGACUGCUCUGUCUCUCAUCAUAAUUCUGUCCUUUCAUCACCAUCUUCACCUGCAACAGCAUUGCUGAGCUCUCCCCAAAAUUCCUCAGCAUCCAUUACUCCAAAAGCAUCUCCAGCAGUGGAGAAAUUACCUUAUGUACCUCACACUCCUUUUCACCUCUUCUCGUAUGACUUUGAAGAGUCUCCAGCAUCUGUGAAAGAGAAGGAAGCAGAAAUGAUGAGGGAAAACAGGUACAAUAGCUACGGCAGCAGCUCUUACUCUUCUCCACGACCUUACACUGGUGUGAGUGCCCCAACAACACCCACUACUCGUUAUGGGACAGCUCUGUCCCCACCUCAGGAGACCAAAUCUGACAGGCCAGCUUUGGGUGGUCUCCUUACAUCAUCUUUUCGGCAGCACCAGGAGUCCUUGGCAGCAGAAAGAGAAAGACGGCGUCAGGAGAGAGAAGAAAGGUUGCAAAGGAUAGAACGUGAAGAAAGAAACAAAUUCAACCGUGAUUAUUUAGACAAAAGAGAAGAAUUAAGACAAGCAAGAGAAGAGAGAUACAAAUACUUGGAGAAGUUGGCAGCAGAGGAGUAUGAGAAGGAGCUAAAGAGUCGGAGUGUCAGCCGAGGCAGAAGUGAGCUGUCCUUGAACCUGAGAUCUCCUUCAGCUCCAUCCUCACCUGUACCCAAGUGUGUCAGCCCAGCAUCCAUACAGUCUCAGGAAGAGCUGAAGACCCCUUCCACCCCAUGUAGAACUCCUCAGCCCUCAGAAGUGAGUGCCAGUGAACCCGAACCAGAGACAGAGACAGAACCAGAACCAGAGCAGGAGGCUGAGGCUGAGGCCAAGCAGGGAACGGAGACACCCAAGGAAAUAGAGGCUACAGAGGUGGGACCAGAGAGUGAGGUGGAGCAAGGACCAGAGAGAGAGCCAGAAGAAAGUGCAAUACUCAGUGAAAAGGAGAGGCAGAAUGAGGAAGUGAAUGAAAAAGACAACUGUUCUGCAUCCAGUAUAUCCUCAGCAAGCAGCACUUUAGAGAGGGAAGAGAGAGAGGACAAGUUAACCAGUGACAAUGAAACUGGUCCAUGGUCACAGACCAUUCAGGAUGCUGGUGUGAAUGAGCAGUGCAGCAACAUCCUCAAUAACAAGCGGUUUAUGCUGGACAUGUUGUAUGCACAUAACAAAAAGCCCAAAGAUGAAGAGGAAAAGGAGCUGGAGGCGAAGGAGGAAAAGAAGGAGACGGAGGAAAGCGAGGAGUCACUCACUAGCCUAGCCAGCAGGAUCUCUAUUCUUCAGGCCACAAAGCAGUCCAAAGAUGAAAGUGUCAAAAAGAUGGAGAUUGGAAAUCUGGACAACCAAGGCAGUGUGAAAGCUUUUGCAGAAAAAUUUAACAGUGGUGAGCUGGCUAAGGGGACAGCAGUGCCUGAAGAUGAAAUCAGUGAACAGGUCCCCGAGAAAACACCAGCGCAGACAAAGAAGGAAUCUGAUUACAUCUGGGAUCAGCUCAUGGCUAAUCCUCGAGAACUUAAAAUCAAAGACAUGGAUUUUACAGACUUGGGGGAGGAGGAUGAUGUAGAUGUGUUGGACAUGGAUAUGGGUCCUGGGGACUCCCUUGUUCCCCCUCCUCCACCUCCACCUUCUUUUCUGGGUUUGCCUCCUCCACCACCUCCCCCCUUGUUUGGAUGUCCGCCUCCACCUCCACCCUCUGCUAAUUUAUUGGCUCCUCCUCCGUUGUUCAGCACUCCUCAGGGUUUAGGGUCACCCCAGGUUUCUAGGGGUCAGCCAGCAUUUAUAAAAAAGAAGAAAACCAUUCGUCUAUUUUGGAAUGAGGUACGGCCAUUUGAGUGGCAGUGUAAAAACAACAAACGCUGCAGAGAAUUCCUGUGGUCGAAACUGGAACCCAUUAAGGUGGACACUUCCAAACUGGAGCAUCUCUUUGAGUCUAAAUCCAAGGAACUGCCUGUCACAAAGAAAACUGCUGCAGAUGGGAAACGACAGGAGAUCAUUGUGCUAGACUCGAAGCGAAGCAAUGCCAUUAAUAUUGGCUUGACUGUGUUGCCCCCUCCCCGCACCAUCAAGACUGCUAUUUUGAACUUUGAUGAAUAUGCCUUAAACAAGGAAGGAAUAGAGAAAAUCCUGACCAUGAUCCCAACCGAGGAGGAAAAGCAGAAGAUCCAGGAGGCACAGCUGGCGAAUCCUGAUGUCCCCCUGGGCAGCGCUGAGCAGUUCCUUCUCACCCUCUCCUCCAUCAGUGAACUCUCUGCCAGGCUCCAGCUCUGGGCAUUCAAGAUGGACUAUGAGAUAGUGGAAAAGGAAGUUGCAGAACCACUGCUAGACCUGAAGGAGGGAAUGGACCAACUGGAGCACAAUAAAACUUUGGGAUUUAUCCUUUCUACUCUGCUAGCAAUUGGGAACUUUCUGAAUGGAACCAACGCCAAAGCUUUUGAGUUGAGCUACCUCGAGAAGGUUCCAGAAGUCAAGGACACAGUGCACAAACAGUCCCUCCUGCACCACGUCUGCACUAUGGUGGUAGAAAAGUUCCCAGACAGCACUGAUCUUUAUUCAGAGAUCGGGGCCAUCACUAGGUCAGCCAAGGUUGACUUUGAACAACUCCAGGAAAACUUGUGUCAGAUGGAAAGACGGUGCAAAGCAUCAUGGGAUCACCUUAAGGCUAUAGCAAAGCAUGAAAUGAAGCCAAGUCUAAAGCAAAAAAUGUCUGAGUUCCUUAAAGACUGUGCAGAAAGAAUCAUAAUCCUGAAGAUUGUUCAUAGAAGAAUAAUUAACAGGUUUCACUCAUUUUUGUUAUUUAUGGGCCAUCCUCCCUACGCAAUACGUGAAGUCAACAUCAAUAAGUUCUGCAAAAUUAUUAGUGAAUUUGCUCUGGAAUACCGCACCACCAGGGAACGAGUUCUGCAGCAAAAACAGAAACGAGCUAACCACAGGGAAAGAAACAAGACCAGAGGGAAAAUGAUAACAGAUUGGCAGACCGAUGAAGAGGAGGAUGUUGAGUCUGGCAAGUUCUCCAGCAGCUCCCCGCCCUGCCAGAGCCAGCCCCAGGGCCUGCAGUACGCCGAGGAUGCUGCCGAGCACGAGAACAUGAAGGCUGUGCUGAAGACCUGCUCCAUGGGUGGGGACAGCACCAUGGCACUGGGCGUCCGCACUCGGAGCCGGGCCAGCCGAGGCCGUAUCGGUUCAUGGAAUGCUGGCAAUGACGACUCACCGAAUGCAACGGAUGACGCUGCAGAUGAGAUCAUGGAUCGUAUUGUCAAGUCCGCCACCCAAGUGCCAAGCCAGCGAGCGGUGCCUAGAGAGAGGAAGCGCUCACGAGCAAAUAGGAAGUCAUCCCUGAAAACAAAAUGUCUACUGCUGCUUGGCUGCAAAGUGGUUAUAGAGGAGUUUAACUUCCACUGGGAAGAAAAGCAUUUCUGGGAAGUUAGGACAAAGAGGAGACAACAACAUGAGAAGGACACUAAAGAGUGGGCUAACACCAGAAGAAGCCAAAGCACUGGGCCUCAUCAGCACUUCUGAGAUGCAGGUUUGACAUCCCAGAGGUGGCAACAGGAAGAGCUGUUCAUCUGAAGCACACAGGCUGACAACCCUUCAGCGUGGCAUUGAACUGCCAGACUCCUCUGCUGCUCCCAACAUCCUAUCCUCUGUUAGUUCAAUUUUAAUAACAAAAAUCACAAACAAAGAUCAAAACCCCACAUCCAGGGCAGAAGAAGGGUGUGCCACAGCUCAGCAUGACAUCCAGAUGGUAAAUGAGGAAGCAUUUGAGUACUCCUAAAUGAAAGCACAUGGCUUCUUCUUCUCAUGGUGUGUUGAUGUGGGUAGGAGGGGGCUCUCUGAGUUAUCUGUCAUUAUGUGAGCUGUGUUUACGUUGGCUUUCUUUGUGCCCUGUUUUAGUCAUUGUAAAUGUACGGUGUUUUGUCAAUGCAAGGAACAGUCCUUAAUGAGGCAAAAUAACUCCUGUUACAGCAACCCAAAUUUUCCUCAAGCAGAUUCAUUAAGACAAGAUGCACAGUCUGUGCAACCCUGUGGUUUGUUGGGUUUUUUAUUAUUUUGCCACCAAAGAAUGUAAAAAUGUAUGUGUACCUUUGUAUAUGUACAGAAUGAAUGUGUGGACAUGUGUGCAUGUAUCUGUACAUAUGCAGUCAUGGUGUGAAGUCAUGCUUUUGCUGAAGCCAGCUGGACCAUGAUUCUCACUGUGAGGCCUUACUGUUCCACCUGGACAGGAGGAGAAGAAUGUCUUUUUUGCAGGAACUCAGUGUUGCUCAGUGUGCCCCACCCUGUGGGGCAGGCCAUGGCCUGCUAUACAAGUGUAGAGUUUAGGAUCCUGAAUUUCAUGUGCAUUAAUGCACACUCAUACUGCACAUAGCAUGCACACAGAGGAGAGAACACAAUUCCUCCUUCUUGUUGAGCUAUGGUUUUACUCUACAUUUGUACAGUUCUGGAGAGAUCUACAUCAACAAUUUUACAUACUCGAUAAAUGGGUUUGGAUGCAAAGAUCAAGAAGUUUUGUUCACUUGCCUGUGCCCUUCAUGCUGCUUUUCUCUGCUGCAAGAUAAUGUGGUGGUGAUAUUAUUUCAAUUUAAUGAAUCCAAAUAUGAAAUAGCCCUGCUAAAAAGCCUGCUGUGUUUUUGCUGUUCUUUACUGGUUUUUUGUGAUUAUCCUUGAUAUACGAGUGGAGUGGGUAAACAACAGUAAACAACUCCAAUAUAUUUGCCCUUAUCUCACAGUUUUUUAAUUGACUUUUAUAACUGCCCUCAGCAUGUUUCAAGAACCUUAGUCAACUCAUCUGCCUUUAAGUGCAGGACAUAUACAGCAGUGAAGAUGAAUUGAACAGUCAUCCCAGCCAGUGCUGGAGUAUUUUGAAGAGAACUGCAAACAACAAUAGCAUAAAAGGGAACUUCUUAAGCCAAAGUCUGUAUAUGGCAAAUAGAUCCUCAAGGAUGCACAAGAUUGUCUCUUUCCAUUGCCUUAGCCUCUAAGAUUAAGGGUAUGUCUGCACAGCAGUAACAGCUGAUACUUUCUUCAAGCUGUUUAACUGAGGAACUGCAGCAGUUUAGUCAUGGUAACAGCGUUCGAUUUUGGCUGCAAAACACACUUGGAAAAUAGAGUUAAGUAAUAGUCUAUGCUGGGGUCCUAAUGCCAUAGCCAUAGCUGUGCUAAUCUUGCACCCAGGUUAGGCCAAGUACUUCAGGUUAUUCUACUCUGCUCUCUUUUAAGGACAGGAUAAUCACUGAAGAUUGUUCAAGAGAAUUGAACCAAAUAUAAUAAACCUUUGAAACCAUGGUCAUCCAGCACAUUGCAUUGAGCACAGCAUCCACGUGAUGACAGAGCCAGGUAGCUGACAACACUGCAGUGAGACCUGUGGCUGAACAUCCUACCUAUGCUGUCCACCCUCUUGAUUGUAACAUUUAAUUCUUUAUCUGCCGAUGCCUUGGAUCUCCCAUGGAAUAAAAAGCCACUAAUGAGCAAUGGUUCUUAAGAACAGCAUUGAGUUUGAUGUGGCUUUUCCCUCAAUUUGUUAAAAAGCUGAUUUUACAAGUAGACAGAAGACAGUAGUUGGAUAAUCAAUACAAUAUGUUGUGUAUAUGAAGGCUAUGGAAAGGAAGAAGCUGGUUAGGAAACAGAAGUGGCAUAUAACUAAUUUCACUGUAAAAUAGGCAAGACCUAUAAGCAUCUGGAUUUUGAAGUGGAUCUUUAUGUGCUGCUCACUGCUAUGGGCUUUUAAAAUAUUGCUUAAGGAUGCUUAGAACAAAGAACUGAAGGUAAUGGGGGUUUGUGGAGGUGUUUGAAGUCUGAAACAAAAGGAAGACACCCUGAAUGUAAUGGUCUUGUUGAACUGUGCUACUUGCUAAGUGAUAAACAAAGCAAAAAUACAACAAAGUACAUUGAUUCUGUCAGAGGUCCCAUAUUUGACUGGAGGGAGAAAAUCAAACAAAUCUUUAAAAAUUAAUAUUUUAAUUAAAAUAUGCUGAAUGUGCAAAAUUGGUGACCACUUGGCUAUUGGUGGCCACUUUCUAACAGGGAACAAAUUUGUGUUUCAUUUAAGCAUAAUUCAGUGUCUGUCUCUGAAACAUAACAUAGCUGAUAAAUUACUAAUAGUUGGGCAUACAUAUUUUCCAAGUUGUGCAAAAAUUGUGCAAAACUUUAUAUGCUCCUUAUCAAGGAGAACAUGAAAUAUGGGGAAUAAUAUAGGUUGGAAGAACUUCAGUGGAAAAAAAAGGUGUUUUCUUUCAGGUUCUCUGGAUGUGUCUUACAUGUGAAGCAGAUUCUUCCUUUUCUGUUCUUCCAUAGCAUUUAGCAACUUUUCUGAAGAAUAACUUGGUCUUGUUUAUGCACUAGUAUGCAUUCAGAUAAAUUCCACUGUCCUCAGCAUUUAUUGCAACAAGAUCAUCAGACACAGUGUGGCACAUUAACUACAGGAGAGAUUUCCAUUUUGGUUCCUGAUAAAAAUGACCGACUAAUCUGUAAGGUGGCAGUAUUUCCUCCAGAGUCUGACAGCAUGUCCUGACUGUGGGAAUAACAUUUGUUCCCUUCAUCUAACUAGUGGAUUCCAGAUGAAGUGGAGGAAUUCAUUAUAUCUUUAUGCCUCUGUCUAUCUAGUGAGGUUGUAACCUUCAGGUUUUGAGCUGCUGCCUGCCCUUCCAUCAUUGGAAGAGCCCACCCUAAGGAUGUAAUUCUUGUUUUAAGACAAGUUUUGUGUGAGAUAUGGAUUGCUUUCUGAGAAAUAUAGAAGUCUCGGGUACACAAUGUAGUAACACGUUCCCAUUUCUCACUCAGAGCUCCAUAAAGGCUGUUUUUAAACACAUGAAGCCAUAAUAACUACCUCUCUUCCCUUUCCAAUAGAUAAGAGUCAAAUGCAGUGCCCAGAGCACUGUGUCUGACUGUCACCAUAAUGACUUCCUGAUCUGGAUGCUGAGGUAAACUUUAGCACAUGAAAUAACCUCCAAAGGGAACUUAUCCUAUUUUUCUUUCAUCUCACUUGAUGUUUAAAAGCAGACUGCAUGCACAUAUUUUCUAUACUCUCACUCCCAAGUGGAAAUAACGCUCAGUAGCAGUUGUGUGGCUGCAGUGAAGAAAGCCCCAGGGAAUGCUUGUGUGUCACACUCGAGAGUAAAAGAUCCCUCACAAAAGUUAAAUUCAUCACUCUUCACCUUUCAGUCAGGCCAGGCACCAGGCUCAUGGAUUCCAGAUGUUUCAUAGCCCCUUGGCUGCUAUGUAUGACCUUUCUGUUUAAUAGCUCCUUAUCCUUAAUCCAAAAUCAACAACAACAACAAAAAAAAAAGCUGGUUUAAUGAGGGUCUUUUCCCUUAAAUACUUAAAUCCUUUAAUUUACAUACUUAAAUCCUUUAAGGUUUUUCCCUUAAAUACUGGAAGCAGCUUCAAACAUUAUUUUAAAAAUGCAUUUCUUUUUCUCUUUUGACACCGCUUUUUAUGAAUCUCUGCAGUGAUUGCAGAGCAUUGUCAACAAAAUAAGGCAUCAGUUUUGUAGAUAGACAAGACUUUGGCUAAAAUGUAAUAGAUAAUCACAUGUGAAUAUCAAGAUGUAAGUUAUUGUCCCAAUUUAACAGAAAUUUUGAGUCAGUCUUGAUGUGAGCGAACAGCAAGGGCCUCCUGUAAAGUUCUGCAGGACAGCACCUUAAAUCCCUGGUGCACUGUGCUCUAAAUGUACCCUGCCCAACACUAAAAGCUAUUGAGAAGCUACAUUUGAGGACCUCAAAAACCAUCACAACCCCAAGGGGCAAGAUGCCAUUUUAAGUGCAGCAAAUGGUUCCUUUUGUCAGGCAUCUGCCCUCCAGCAGCCUCCCUGGGGAUGUAACCUCAGCAAGUGGCUGUCCAAAAUGCUUUGGAAGCUGCAUGGCUGAUGGCAGUAGGCUGUGUUCAGGUUCACUGUGCAGCUGUGGUUAUUGCAAUGCUUUGAUUUCACAGAGAUGAAAUGGGAACAAGGUGCCAGCUCACCAGUUUCACAUCCUUCAUCCUUCCACUGCAGCUCAUGGACAGGUGCAUGCGCUGCCUGCCUCUGUCCAAAGGAUGCAUGGAGACACACUGGUAGGCAGAAGCAGGAGCAUAUUCCUCUCUCCUUUUCACUCCUGUAGCUCACUGCAUGUGCUCCAAUCCUCCCGUUACCUUCAAGGCAGGCUGAGUGUGCAAGGUGAGCAGCCUGACCCUGGGACACAGUCAGAUGGUGGCUCUGUGCUUGCAGCAGCAGAACGCAAGAAACACUUGUUUAAGCUGGAAGGGACAUGACUGUUGAUGUUCCUCUGGAGGAAAAACUGCCAGGUACUUACAGAUUCUGGAAGAAAGCAAACUGAAGUGUUUUUGAACGAGAAAAUGUUUGGUUGUAGGCAACCAUUGAAAACCAUUCACACACAUUUGAAUAGCAUGUAAGGCCCACCUUCCUUUGCUUCAGCUGGGGUAGCAACUGGCUCAAUUGGCAUUUCAGAUGUAACCCCAAGAAGUUUUGGCAAGCAGUUUAACAGUUACAAUAGCAAGGAGUUUCAGAGAUAUAUAGUUUGAUGUUUAUGCCAAAAAAAAAAAAAAUUCAAAUUAGUCCAUUUCACAUUGAGUGGCAGGUAGAGAUAUAUUUUGUUUAAUCACUAUCUAAUACAGAGGCUUCUGUGAAAGAAAAUGUUUAAUUGUAGCAUUGGAUGCAUUUCUCCUUUUUAAAGACUGUCUUUGCGCAUAUAGUGUCCUUUUUAUGUGAGGUGGGAAUUGUAAAAAAAUGUAAAGUAGAAGAGGACGUGUUUCUUAGACGAAGGAGAAAUACUGUAAAAUUGUGUAAAUGUCACUACUCAUGUUUUUCCAUGUUCUGUGUAGCAUAGUGUAAAAUAGGCUCUCCAGCAGUGUUAUUCUGUGAAUUGUAAUUUAAAAAACAAGCCAUGCAUGGUCAGAGAUAUUAUCUACAGGUCCUUUUGGUUGAGUUUUUGGUUUUGUUUGUUGUUUUCUCGUUUUAGGUGAAUUCAUUCUAUGUUAAAUUUAAUUGUCCGUGAAAAUGCAUUUUUGUUUCUGUUGUAUUUCAUAAAGAACUUGAAUUACUCUUUUAAGAUUUUAUUACACACAAAGCUCACCUACCAUUUGUAUUGAUCCUUCAGAAGCUGUGUCACAUUUAGUAUAAACUGGGGGGAUUUUAUUUUUAGCUGCCUAUUGUCCUCCCACUCUUCCCACUUUACUGUCUGGAAAGAUCCAAUCACACCCUAUUUUUUUUUUUUUCUUCUGUGCCAUGCAGGGUCAAUAUGCAAAGCUGACUGCAGACCAGUGUCCAAAAAAUUCUUGAUAUAAGUAGUUUAAAAGCUCACCUCUACAGCAUUAUGUAAACACAUCUUGCAAUAAAGCUUUAUAAAGCA